AGUGAGUGAGUGGCCGGGCGCUGUGAUGCUGGGCCAGCGGCGGCACCCUCUCCCGCCCGCCCACGCCCCGCCCCACGCCCACAGACAGCACAUCGUGGGCGUGCCGAGCGCCGGCGCGCCGGGGGUGGGCGUGAAGCUGAUGCAGGAGCCGGGAUUCGCCGCCCACGACACCCACCUCUACACCCGCGACUACCAGCAGCCGCCCCGCCACCGGGUGGAGCCCGCCGCCGGCCGCCCGCCCGAGGGCUACCUAGCGCAGGGGCUGCUGCAGGGGGCUCAGGGCGGGCUGGGCACGCCCUUAGGGCUGAGACACCCCGCUGGGGGAGUGCCCAUGGCUGAGGACGACCCCAGGAGGCAGCGGGCGCUCUCCCCCGGCUCCCAACACUCCGCGGCGGCGACGUUCUUCGCAAGGUAAGUUCA